AUGAAUGAUCUGAAUGAAGAACAGUUGGAUGAAAUCGCUUUAAAUAAUUUCAUUCGAUACUUACAAUUCGCAACAGUUCAUCCUAAUCCAUGUUAUCAACCUGCUGUUGAAUGGCUUGUGAAAUUGGGCCAAGAGUUACAGCUCAUUUGUAAUGUAGUUGAAAUCGUCCCAAACAAUCCUAUCGUUAUUAUGCGUUGGAAUGGAUUUCAACCGGAAUUGCCGGCAAUUAUGUUGAAUUCACACAUGGACGUAGUACCGGUAGUGGAAGAAAAAUGGUCAUAUCCUCCAUUCGGUGGUGUGAUUGCUCAUGAUGGUAAAAUAUACGGUCGAGGUACUCAGGAUAUGAAAUCAGUUGGUAUUCAACAGUUGGAGGCUGUUCGAAGAUUGAAGUCACGUGGAUACCAACAGUUACGUCGUACAGUUUACUUGACUUUUGUUCCUGACGAGGAGCUGGGUGGUGUAAAGGGAAUGAAACCGUUUGUAUCAAAUUAUGAUGAAUUUAAUAAUCAUCAUCAUUCUGAAGAAAUCAAAUUUAAAGAUAUGAAUAUUGGAUUUUGUUUAGACGAAGGCAUACCAAGUUCUUCAGAUGAGUAUUUAGCAUUUUACGAUGAACGUCGUCCAAUUUGGAUAAAUGUACAUUUUCAUGGGAAUGCUGGUCACGGUCUUGCCUUGAUUGACAAUACGGCUGCUGAAAAAUUCCAGAUAUUUCUAAACCAUAUUUACAGUUUCCGUAAAGAAGAACAAUUAAAGUUAGAAAAUUCUCUAGGAAAGUUAACGUUGGGGGAUAUAACAACAGUUAAUAUGACAAUGAUAAAUGGAGGUGUACAACAUAAUGUUGUACCUGGAAAAUUGUCAGCGUCAUUUGAUAUUAGAUUAACUCCAUCGUUGUCACUGGAUAACUUCAAAGAGAAAUUAAAUCAAUGGGCAUCAAACGCUGGUGGACAGAUUGAGUUCGAAUUCAUCAACACCGGCGUUGAUUUAAAACAAUCAAUUCAUACCCCAGAUGAAUCAACUAAUUCUUGGUGGGCUGCUUUAAUGAAUGUCUGCUCAAAAUAUGGUAGUAAGGUUCAAAAGAGAAUAUUUCCUGGUGGUACAGAUGCCAGGUUUCUUCGAGAAUAUCAUUUACUUCCACAUGUUACUAAUCAAAAACCAAUACAAGCGAUUGGCUUUUCGCCGAUUAGAAAUACUCCAGUUUUGUUGCAUGAUCAUGAUGAAUGGUUAGAUAAAACAGAAUUUAUACGUGGAUGUCGACUGUACUCUGAUCUUGUUCAAGCUAUUGGUGAACUGCCAUAA